ACUGGUCAGCUGCUGUCUGUGGAGAGCAAUAGGCUAUGAGCCAGCAGCAACAGCACCUCCGACAGGCGAUGGAAACAGAGACGCGGAUGGAGCUGCAGUAGCUACAGAUCCGGGGAGGAUGGUGCACCUAUUAUGAGACGAACCAAGCCGUGUUUAUCCCGUGUCAGCUGCAGCAACACGGGCCGUGGAUGCUUUUCCCGAUGGGUUGUGGAGGGAGUCGGGCGGACGCGAUCAUCGAGCCGAGGUAUCAUGAAAGCUGGACCAGGGAUACGGAAUCGACGUGGCUUACCAAUACGGACGUAGAGACCCCUCUCCCUGUAGCAAACGGCAAAGCUCUGGAGGCCAGCCUGAGGGAGAAGAGGAUGGUGAACACAGGCACCCAGUGUGGAAAGCAGGCUCUCCCCACCACUGGCUCCAACCAACAGAGGAGACCCAGACGCUCCUUGACUGAUCAAACCAUUCGUGACUCUAAAAGGAGGGCAUCAAAAGAAGCCAGCACUUUGUCUAAGGAUGAGCAGCCCUUCAGUAGCAACAGCAGUGGAGAUGCUGAACCUGGAAACGUGUGCGAUGAAAGAUGAAGACAAGUCCAGAUUGUGUGAGGAGGGAGAUGUCAGCAGUUCACCAGAAGAUGGGAUGGUGAUUUCCAGACAUGUGGAAGAUAUUUGCUAGUGACUUUGUGAGAUCUUGGCUGCUGAUCUCAGUGACCGACAACAUAAGCACCUGCAUAUAUGUCUCCAUCCAGAGAUCUCGGGAUGCUGUGUCUUUGUCAUGCCAUUGCAAAUGCAUGUGUGAAGCAGAGAGUGGGUCACGAACAGUGUUCACACUCUUCACCAUGCUUUUCUCCCAUGCUUAUGGCGCUGGUCGGGAAACAUGUCACUGUGUUUAAGAAAACAAGAACAGACAGUCCCAUACGCACAUGCUAAUCAUAAUCUGCACAUCAAAUGUUUUUCUGUGUGGGGCCUUCCUAAAGAAUUUGCUUGAGUUCUUUGUGCAUGUAUAUUCCUUUUGUUGUGAGUGAAAAAUAAUGGUGUGGGAACAAACGAUGAUGCAGUUUUGACCUCAGUAAAUGCUGUUAAUGAUUUUCAUUUUGAAGAACCUGGAGUGCUGUUUAGAAGCUGAGAUUUGGGGGUUUGAAGCCUGAAAGUUGAAACUGUCUUUUUUCAGCCUUUGCAAGACAAACACACCCGCAUGUGCCUACGAUUUGUCUUGAUAUGAACUGCUUCUGUACUCACUUUGGCAGCAUUUUUAUUAAUCUUUGUUCAGGGUUAUGUGAUCUCCAGUACAUUUUCUGUUGUGUUUUAUGAUGAUACACUUUAUUGUUGACCACAUAUUGUAACAAUAUGCUUACACUGAUCUGCAUGUACUGUAUCAGUUGAUUCAGUAGUGGUUGACAAAAGUCUCUGCUCGAACAUAAUCAAGAUGUUUGAGGAAGAACAGUCUGCCUUUCCAAUACACGUGUAAAUAGGAAAACUGCACUAAGAAGUACAUUCAGGAGUCGAUUCAGGAUGGCAGCUGGAGUCUUGCUAAUUGAAGGCCCCCCAUGCAGAAGAUCAUUAUUCACAGCAACCACUUGAAGAAAACCAUUGAAUAGAAAUAAAAGAUGCUCAGUUCAGCUUUGCUGGAGCGUAAGUAAAAUCUGAUGGGCGUGACUUGUCAGUAAAUUCAGAAUUUGACUUAACAUUUUAUGCUUCUAGCUUUACUAUUGCUUGUCAAGAGUUUUUGAUGAUUCAAUGAAAUGAUAAUGGUGAAAUGUAUACAGGUCAAAUCAGGACUGGCCACAUUUUUUCUUAUUUGUAUUAAAAAUUGUUGUCACCUUCUUAAGAUGUUAAACUUA